UCGACGCGGAUGCCGUGUCGAUACGCUGCAGUACAAAAAAUAACAGUACGUUGCAUUGUAUGCCAAUAUUUCAGCUCCAAAACUUGUGUUUUUCCAAUAAACACUACGAUUAUACCCUCGGAUAGAAACUGGACGUUGGAAAAACAUUCAUUCUCCCUCAUUCCCCUUUAGUUAUUCCGUUUAUAGUGUCUUUAUUUUACCGGGAAAACGCCGGUUCGCUGGAAAUUUGUGAUAUACGCAUUACAUUCAGUGUAAUUCCAUUGCCUUGUGGUGGUUGAGGACUGGUUGGGAGAAAGACGUUUGGUUUUGUUAAUUUACUUUUUUGGUUCAGUUUGUUUUUUUUUUCUUCUGAAAACCGGCUGGAGGUGUGGUGAAAACACGUGGGUUAUCGAUCGACCGGCGUGCCGAGUCAGAUUUUGCCCCGCAGAGAGAAGACGAUAGAACUAACAAGGUACACUACGCACAAAACGGGAACAAGUCAAUCCUUUAAAACAACGUUAGUAAGAAGGCACGCUGGCUACCGACAAUGAAUUACAUAUAGAUAUCGAGCAAACGAUAUCAAAACGUAAGUUUCCCGAGAAUAUUCUAAGAAGUGAUACAGUCUGGUGUCCCGGACAACUAAGGGAUGCCGGUUUCCUGAAGAUGGCCUCACGCACCCCGUCCCUUGAGUCGCUGCCCGGUGCCAACUCUAUAGGUUCGCUGGAGCGUGGCUCCUUAUCGCCCCUGACCCUCAGCGGCUCCUCGCCCCCCGCGAGUGACUCCGCCGUAUGUGACCUUCGUGAGUACGACGGCCUCGACACUACCUGCGCGAUCUGUCGAGAAACAUUCGUCGACCCUAAAGUAUUGAACUGCUUUCACACCUUUUGCCGAGCUUGUCUGGAGAGGGAACAAACACACCCAGACAAAGUCACCUGCGUUACUUGCCGCGUAGACAGCUCGCUACCUCCAGGCGGCGUUCCUGGUCUACUCACCAACUUGGUAAUAGCCGCGGCCGUCGAACAGGACGCCGACCUUCUCCCGUCUACUCGUCAGACGAACUCGCCAUCAGCUCGCUGCACGGGCUGUAAAUCAAAGGAAUCCGACGCUGUAGCGCGUUGCGUAGAUUGUGCUAAUUUCCUUUGCCCCAACUGCGUCAUGGCACACCAAUUCAUGCACUGCUUCGAAGGUCACCGUGUGCUGGCAUUCACGGACCUGAAAGACGACAAAGGUAUGCUUGGAUCUCUGUCGGCAAGUGCAGAAAAGACCGCCUUCUGUCCAAGGCACAAAAAUGACAUCCUCAAAUUCUUCUGCCGCACAUGCAGUGUGCCAAUCUGCAAAGAGUGCACGAUUAUCGAACAUCCUGCCGCUUUGCACGACUGUGAACAUUUAGCGGACGCCGGGCCUAAACAAUUAGAGCUUAUGCAACAAUCAGUAAACGAAGCUAAAACUCGCGCCACUGAAAUUAGGCACGUAGUCAAGACUGUUGAACAUGCUGCGGGCAAACUACAAGUACAGUAUCAUAAAGCCCAAAAUGAAAUCAAUGACACCUUCCAAUUCUACCGAUCCAUGCUCGAAGAACGCAAGCAAGAGUUAUUAAAGGAACUGGAAAGUGUGUUUUCCACGAAACAAAUUGCCCUCACUGUCGUCGGGCAAAAAGCUCAAGAAACAGUCGAUAAGAUCUACCAAACUUGUGAUUUCGUGGAACGACUGACAAAAUGCGCUAAUAUUACAGACAUAUUAAUGUUCAGGAAACUUUUAGACGCAAAACUACAGACAUUAAUGAGUUCUAAUCCCGAACAAAGUGUGCAAACUGCUUGCGAGCUGGAAUUCGUCUCGAACUAUCAGGCGAUACAGGUUGGAGUACGAAACACUUUUGGCUAUGUCCGCACUAGCUCAGAAGCGAAUAUUGGACCUACGAAACAACCGCCCAUUGCUCGUCCCACUAAUGGCUCUCUACUGAAUGGUGGGUCUUCGUCUAGCAGCAGCAGCGUCAAUGGAAGUUCAGGCAGCCUUAAUGGCGGCAUUCAUCUACCAACUGGACUCAAUGGAGUAUUGGAUCGCCCGUACACAAACGGCUUACUGGGGCCCACCAGCCAAUCUACUUCACCAUUUGAAUCAAACAUUAUCACAAAAAGAUUCAAUAGUGCCACCAGCCUUGGGCCAUUCUCUACUGCAAUCGGAGAUAUCAAUCUGAAUGGAAUCAAUCCAUAUGAGAAAUGGUCGAACGGUGGGUGUGACUCUCUAUUUCCACCUGCCACUGCAGAUCCCUACUCACUCACAUCUGCUGCGCACAAUGACCCCAUAUUAGACUUAACGAAUAAACUAAUCUCCACAACUAUUUUCCCGCCAAAAUCCCAAAUCAAAAGACAAAAGAUGAUUUACCACUGCAAAUUUGGCGAAUUCGGAGUAAUGGAAGGACAAUUUACCGAACCGAGUGGAGUUGCAGUUAAUGCUCAAAACGACAUUAUAGUCGCUGACACAAACAACCACCGCAUCCAGAUUUUCGACAAGGAAGGGCGUUUCAAAUUUCAGUUUGGCGAAUGCGGCAAACGAGACGGUCAGCUUUUAUACCCGAACAGAGUUGCUGUAGUCCGUACUUCUGGAGAUAUCAUUGUCACUGAGAGAUCGCCAACACACCAAAUCCAGAUUUACAACCAAUACGGGCAAUUUGUCCGCAAAUUCGGCGCUAACAUCUUACAGCACCCUCGCGGAGUCACGGUGGAUAAUAAAGGGCGCAUCGUCGUCGUUGAGUGCAAAGUCAUGCGCGUAAUUAUUUUCGAUCAAGUGGGCAACGUGUUACAGAAAUUCGGUUGCUCCAAACACCUAGAAUUCCCUAACGGCGUGGUGGUAAACGAUAAGCAGGAGAUAUUUAUUAGCGACAACCGUGCGCAUUGCGUAAAGGUGUUUAAUUAUGAGGGCAUUUACUUGCGCCAGAUUGGUGGCGAGGGAGUGACAAAUUACCCUAUCGGAGUCGGCAUCAACGCUGCUGGUGAAAUUCUAAUUGCCGAUAACCACAACAACUUUAACUUGACAAUAUUUACUCAGGACGGGCAGCUAGUAUCCGCUUUGGAAAGCAAGGUGAAGCAUGCUCAGUGCUUCGACGUGGCCCUGAUGGAUGAUGGCUCGGUCGUACUCGCAAGUAAGGACUACAGGCUGUACAUCUAUCGCUACGUGCAAGUCCCGCCUAUAGGUAUGUGAGCCGCACGCUCGGAUCACAGGAGAUCGGAAUGACCGAACUAUAAGCCAAGAAUCGACACAUACAAACGCAAGUAAUCAAAAUGAUGAAGACUUAACAGUUUUGGUCAUCCGUGUCAAUUUUUGAGAUAGUUCAAGUGACGAAUUGUGUUAAUAGAUUUGAACUUGCUGUAUUAUUAAGUGCAAGGGUAGGAUUACGGCUGUCUCGGUGUGAUCAUUUGACUAACGAUGGGAAUUUUACAUAUUUUUCUCGAUCAAUGAGAUCUCUGUAUUUCUAAUGGAAACUGUAAUGAGAUUAGUUGAUAGUAUUGACAUUGUUAUUCGAGUACCUAUGAAGGAUAGAGAUUAUUCCAUUGGAUCGAUCCAAACAUUGCGAACGGUGUUCUCGACCCUAUCAUUUUUUAAUCUAUUGAAUAAUAUUUUUUCAUAUCCCACAUCGUUAAAUUAGGGAUGAAUAUUAAGGGCAUUUGUAUUAUUUAGCCCAUUUGUUGGACCAAUAUUUUAACUAUUACUUAACAAAUUGUUAGGCGUUAAGCGUGUGAUUUUAUCGUAAUAAGAGAGCAUCGAGCGGAUUGUUGUUAGUUUUAAGAGAAUUCUUCGGCACAAUGGCACUUCCUGUUUUUAAUUAGCACUUAUUCUGUGUCGAUUGAAAUAUGAUUAUGAAAUUAAGUAAGAAGUUGUUACAUUAUUAUUAGGUAAGUGUUAAAUUGAUUGAGCUGAUAUGGACAAUCUUUAGUUACUACCCCUCCUAAUGUAGUUACAAAAUUUUAGGGAAAUGUGAUGUUAGGGGUUUUAUCAAUGACAAAGUUGACUGCGGUGUUCUUUGCGUACAGAGAUUGGUCCUUAGGAAGUCACACUCGAGAACUAUUGGAUGUGGAAAACUGAAGAGCAUCACAAAACGUGUGAUCGAAAAUGUUUUAUGAACUUCAAUUGUUUCUGAAUUCCUAGUACCCUAUAUUAUUGAACACAGCCGUAGAAUUGAGUAUUAUAAAACAUUUUAGAUAUUAUGUACCUUAUUGAAUGAGCAGGUUUUAAUUUUUUAACAUUGUCGGACGACAGUUUUUUAAUCUGUACUGACCGAUGUCAUUACCGCCUAGUCACUGAGAGCCCACGGAUCUUAGUUUCUCCAUUGUUUUAACGAUUAGUAACAUUUGGUUUAUAAUAAUGUUGUUCGUUUUUAUACACGCUAGUAUUUGAAUGUUUUUUUUUUAAUUGGACACGGUAGUAACUAGUAGAGCACUUUAGCAAAUGGUCGUCUCGCUAGACUUUUUAUUAACUGAUGAUUUCUCGGACGUUUAGCUACUUUAUAAAGUUCGUGCGUUGAAAAUAAUUUUACAAUUUGUUAUUCUGGUAAGAUAUUUUUUUUUAUAUGGAAACAAUUUUAUUUUUGUAGAAGUAGUCUUACGGUGCAUGUGUAGUGUACAUUUUAGUUUUUUUUUUUCGUAUUUUAUGAAUAUUGUGCUGCAAUUUUCUACUCUAUUGCCGUGUGUGAGUGUGUUAGCAGAAUUAUUUUAGUUCGAUUUCAUUAGUUUUGGUUAAAACGGUUUUAUUUAGUGAAUAAUGGUUUUUAGUAUUUUUUGCUGAAUCUAUGACAAUAAAGAGAUCUGAUACGGUGCACCGCGCCGGUCGUGGGUCAUUAUUCUUUUGAUCUGCAUUUUUGUUAGGUUACGUGUCCUUUUGGUUCGAUGCGGUGAUAUUCCGCGAUAUUGAAGACAUGUCGACGACCCGUCGCAGCACACGGGCUUUGCUACAACCUGCGUCGCACGUGCCAUAACAUUAUGUUGUGAUUUAAUAAGUGAUAUUUAGUUGUUUGUAAAUAUGUACCAUAAUCUGAUGUAUUAAAUCUAAUUGAGGUCUGAAAUCGGUAAUGUAGUGCAAGCCCGACCUCAUUCUGCAACGAUUCCAUAAGGACCAAUGAAUUUUAUACCAAUCAUUUUUAUAAUUCCUAAUUAUUAUACUUUGCACUGAUUGUAACUGUACCUGGAUAAUGGAUUGAAUUUACUUGCACCAAUCAUUUCGAUUGACGACCGUUUCUUGGUUUUUUUCCCGUUACUUAUAUAAUACUGCAAAGUACUGUGCUGUCGAGUGGGUUCAGUCUUGACGUGUCUUCGAUUUUAUUAGUUUUUCGUCAUUAAUCGAACUGAGUAGCCACUAGAUUAGGUGGAUUACAAUUAGUAUCUAAUCUUAGUGUCCAAAUUUCAGUGAUUUGUCACCAAUGAUUUUAUUAUAGACUGCCCUGUUCCUAAUAAAUUUAUACCUGAGAUCAGGUCGUAUUGUAUUGCGCUUAAUCUACUGGAUUUUUUGAACUUAAUUAAUCGUAUUAUGUUAUUUCAAUCAUGGCGUCGAUAGAUCUGCUUCACCUCAGUUUUUAUGUCGAGUUGACACGACUGCAUGAUUUUGAUUUCUUUUAUUAUCAAUAGAAUUAUUAUUUACUUAAUUAUAUGAAUUUAUACCUAUGUACCUCUAUGUUAUUUUUGAUUUGACUUAACAAACUGAGGUUUUGCUAGAACUAUUGGGAAUACUUAGGUUUAAAUUUUACAUGAUUUUAUUCGGGAAAUAAGAACGGUUGCUAUAAGUAUGAAUCCAUCAAAAGCUAAGCCGUUGUUAGUUUUGCGAAUAAAAUCAUUUCGGUAAAAAUAUACGCUUCCACUUAAUUCAGAUCGACGUAUUAUAUUUAAAUUAAGUAGAUGUAGUGUUAGUUCAUCAUUAAGUAUUGAAAUAGACAACCACGCCAUCCACUAAAGCUCACAUUUUAUUUUUUUUAUAUCACAUUCUGAAGUUUUCUUUGUCAAAAAUAUGCCAGCGAGUUGCUACUUAUUCUAAACAUCUGUCAUUUUUUAAAUCCGACUUUGGCCGUCGACAUAUUUCUGCCAAACGGAAACUUAUUUUAGUUAUUUUUAUUUAAACCGAAAGUAAUUAUUUAAGUUUCAAUUAUAAUUACAAACUAAUUUUUCGUUCACGUAUAUUUUUUUAAUGUAUUCGCAUAAUAAGUACCUAAGCAAAAUGAUUUCUUUGCUGGAAACAUUUCAUUCUUUAAAUUGCAUUUCUGAAGCUUCGACUGAUUAAAAUUGAAACAUGUUUUGUCUUUAAAUAUAUUUUGUCGAUGUUUGUUGUUAUAAUUAUUAUAUUUUUUUAAUUAUUUGUAUAAACAAUUGUUCUUUAAAUUAAUGUACAUCGUUUUGUUUUGAAUUAUUUUUGUUGUAUAAUUGCUUUUUUUAUAAUAAUACCAGUUCAUUGCAGUUUUA